UGCUAUCUUGUGUAUGGGUAAAGACUGAAAGAAAAAAAAAAAAAAAAAAGGACUCCGGCUUCGGGUUUUUAAACGGGUUACCCCAUGUCCCUCCGUUCAUUCAGGACGACCAGUUAACGGGCCAGUGACGUGUCCACAGAUCAAGAAAUCUCAAAUUCGGCCACUUCUGUUUCUAAAGGACUCUAAAUUCUACAUAAGAUCUGGCCAGUUAAGUGAGUGCUUGACGUGUCACUGGUAGAGUCAUGACCCUGAGACAAACCAAUGGCUGCAGACAGCUGACCUUGACCCUUGGCCUGUCCCUGACUCUGGCCCUGCUGCAGUGGCCAAUAGGAGGUGUUUGUGGUCAGGAUGGACUGUCUCAAGUCCUUCAGGAACUGCUGAUGCGCUAUGGUGACAACACCACCAUCUCUGUCCCCCAGCUUCGAUCGCUUCUUGUGCGGUUAAAUGGAGGACAGAGUGGAAACCACAGCUUACAAACAAAGCCCACCAAAACCAAUACAUCCAAAUGCUUGACAGUAGACACUCUGGCAGCGUAUGGGAUGAAUGAGCAGUCCCGUAUAGAUGAACGGGGUCUACAGGACAUCUGCCCCACCAUGAUACAGCAACUGGACUCACAAGCAUGCAAGUCUCAACAGGACCAGGAGUCCGAGACCAGUCCCAGACCCUCUGAUGCCGAGGUGUGGGGGUAUGGUUUCCUUUGUGUGACAGUGAUAUCUCUGUGUUCACUGGUUGGGGCAAGUGUGGUUCCCUUCAUGAGGAAAACCUUUUACAAGCGGUUGCUGCUGUACUUCAUAGCCCUGGCCAUUGGUACUCUGUACUCCAACGCCCUCUUUCAACUAAUCCCAGAGGCGUUUGGAUUUGACCCCAUGGAGGAUUAUUAUGUGUCCAAGUCUGCUGUUGUGUUUGGAGGAUUCUACUUGUUCUUCUUUACAGAGAAAAUCCUGAAGAUGAUCUUGAAACCAAAGGACAGGGGAGGCCAUGGCCACAGUCACUUCCCUGCAGAGCGCUAUGCCAAUUCUAAUGGUGACUUGGAGGAUGGCGUGAUGGAAAAGCUGCAGAAUGGAGAGGCUGAAGCAGCGGCCUUACCCAGAGCAGAAGGAGAUAUCAGAGGGGUCGGAGAAGAUGACAAAAUGCUAAGCACAGGGACGACAGUGCAGGACUCUCAGAGUUCAGGUGGUGCUGGAACAGGUGGAUGUUAUUGGCUGAAGGGCAGGGCGUACUCUGACAUUGGUACUCUGGCGUGGAUGAUCACUCUGAGCGAUGGUCUCCAUAAUUUCAUAGAUGGUCUAGCUAUUGGGGCCUCCUUCACUGCCUCUGUGUUUCAGGGCAUCAGUACGUCAGUGGCAAUUCUGUGCGAGGAGUUUCCACAUGAGUUAGGUGAUUUUGUAAUCCUGCUAAAUGCUGGCAUGAGCAUCCAGCAGGCGCUGUUCUUUAACUUCCUGUCGGCGUGCUGCUGUUAUCUGGGCAUGGGCUUUGGCAUCCUGGCUGGAAAUCGCUUCUCUCCUAGCUGGAUCUUUGCACUAGCUGGGGGCAUGUUCCUUUAUAUAGCACUGGCUGAUAUGUUCCCAGAGAUGAACGAAGUCAGUCGUGAAGAAGAGGAGGCUGGAGGAAGUGGCUCCCUGGUCACUUUCGCCAUCCAGAACGCAGGGCUGCUCACGGGGUUUGCCAUCAUGCUUUUACUCACCAUCUACUCGGGACAGAUACAGCUUGGAUAGCAGUGGACCUAAAUCAGAACUCGGAACCUAAAGGACUAAAACUUGAGGCUUAACGUCAAACCUCCAGACUUAAAAAUGAGUCAGCUGUGCUGGCUUGUAGUUGCCCAGCUGGACUAAAUCAGGACAUGCUGUAAAUGGACAUGUUAUGGGCUUAGUUUGUGCUCAGAUUAAACCCUGGACUGUUUGAAUGAGGUUAGAAUUUUGACCAAACCCUAAACAAACUGACUCCAGUCAAAACUGACCAUUGAACGUUUCUUUAGAGUCCUCUAGAACACAGGACAUGUGGAUUGAACCUCUUCCAUUUGUCUUGAUUAGGCCUUGUCUCAUUCUUUUGUCUUAAAAGAAGCUUUAGGACACUAUUGUGUCCAUAUAAACUGUAGAUUCCACCACCCCAUUGUAUACAUCUGGGCAUUUGUGAUGGUUUAUAAUGUUCUCAUUUCUUUCUGUUAAUCAAAAAGCCUCUUUCUUUCAGAGAUGAACCUUCUACGUAUUCUUUACCAUGAAGACUGAUUUUGAUGUGUAACGCAUGGAAUGUUUCCAAAAACCUGACUUAUUUUACUGACAUCUCCCCCAAAUCUUUAGCCAAAUAUAGGUUGUUGUUACUAAUUGCAGUGCUUUAUAUGGAAAAUGUUUUGUUUUGAAGAAUUAAAAGAAAAAAAAUCCAAUUGCCUUGAGGCAAGAUUUUUAUAGAUCUAGAGAUUAUAAAAACGAGUUACCAGUAGAUGGCACUCAGAACUCUCUAAAACUGAACAGUUGUGUUCUGUAGGUCACAUUAAUGAAAGGUUACUUAGUACUGUUUCAUAAAUACAUAAGGUCUUAGUUUAGUAACAAAGAAGUAUUUGCUUACAGAUUUAUUAUCCCGGUUUCCUUUUUUCUUGUUUUUUUUUUUUUUUUUGAUUUGUUUGUUUUUUGCGUUGCACCAUUCCAUUCCCAUUUUUUUAAAUUUUUUUAUAACUAGUUUUGUUUUGCACCUCUUUGUCAAAGAAGAUGAGACCAAUGUCAGACCAGCAUUCCUUUGGAAAGAUCUGUUCUACUUCCUAACCAAAAAGCAAAAUAGAUGAUGCAAUUUUUUUAAAACCAAAUUCAAACUGCCCUUCUCAGUUUUAAUACUGAGAAUACAGUAACCUUGCAUAUUAGUUGAUGAACACACAACCAAAAUGGAUCAUUCUGCCACACCCACUUCAGCUAGUCAUUAGUGCCCUCAUUAUCUAAUUUACACAAUGAUUGCUCUGAAUUAUCAUGAUUUUUUCAAUUCAUUUCUUUUUUUAUGUGCCCAUACAGAUCUGUUCAUAUUGUAAGAAAUAAUUAGGAACUGCGAGCAAAAUCUGUGCAAAAAAGAUGAUAGAGUAGUAAUGCGAAAGUAAUACUGUAAAUCAUUCCUUAUAACUGAUCCCGUGAUGAAACCCUUUCCUCUGCUUAAAGCACAUAGUGUAGUACACUAUAUAGAGAUCUUUGCUAAUUCAGUAUCUAAACCGACAGGUCACUUAGGCUUCGAUAUAUAUGGCUUAAGAGGUUUUGAAUUUAAGAUUUAUAUUAGGAAUAUUGUUAUACAUUUAAUCUGUGAGAUAGAUGUUACAUUUUCUCUGCAGAAGAAUACAGUUUUCAAUGGGUAGGGAAAAUGUUGACAUUAUUCAGGAAUAUGAUCUUACACAUAAUCUUAUGUUCAAUAUUUAUCUAGAUCCAAUUAGAUUGUCUUUUAUGGACUGUAUCUUCCCUGUCUUUCAUAUAUAUUCUUCCAUUAUACUUCCAUUGCUUAUUAUUCAUGCUGCUGGAGUUAUAAUGUUAGCUGCUAUUGCACUACUAGACUUUUAACACUGAAACAUGCAUCCGUUGAACCUGACAUCCCAAUAUGCUGUAGUGUAGAGAGAAUAGCCAUUAGAUCAUCUUGUUCAUUAUAUGGAAGGUAAUUAUAGCUCUGUGUGGACUGAACCUUUGUAACUAAAACACUUUCACACAGUCAACAUAUUUGAGUGCAGAUUUUUUUUUCAGGGCAGUAUUUGUGCAUUUA